UUUUUGGGGGGGGGGGGGGGGCUGUGAUUUGGGUUUGGCAAGAUGUCUCUUCGACCGAACGCCCGAGUGGAAGGUCGCAAGAAGGGGUACAAACUCGCGGUCGAUGCCGAUGAGGCGCGCAGGAAGAGGGAGGACAAUAUGGUGGAGAUUCGGAAGAGCAAGAGGGAGGAGAGUUUAUUGAAGAAGCGGAGGGAUGGUAUGCCGCAGCUGCCGCAGUUUGUCCCGUCCGCUCAGAGCUCUCUGUCUGACAAGAAGUUGCAGCAACUUGAGAGCCUUCCAGCGUUGGUUUCUGGUCUUUACUCUGACGAUCCUGCUACCCAGUUGGAAGCAACCACACAAUUUCGAAAGCUUCUGUCUAUCGAGCGGAGUCCUCCCAUUGAAGAAGUGAUUUCCGCUGGUGUCGUCCCCCGUUUCGUGGAGUUUCUAGUCAGGAGCGAUUUUCCGCAGUUGCAGUUCGAGGCGGCAUGGGCUUUGACAAAUAUUGCAUCAGGGACUUCUGAUCACACACGUGUUGUCAUCGACCAUGGUGCUGUUCCCAUCUUUGUUCAGCUCCUAAGCUCUCCCAGUGACGAUGUCCGAGAACAGGCUGUAUGGGCUUUGGGAAACGUUGCUGGUGAUUCGCCGAAAUGCCGUGACCUUGUUUUAGGUCAUGGGGCCUUGAUGCCUCUGCUUGCGCAGCUUACGGAGAACACAAAAUUGUCUAUGCUUAGAAACGCUACCUGGACUCUCUCCAACUUCUGUCGUGGCAAGCCUCAACCACCUUUUGAGCAGUCGAAACCAGCGCUUCCGGCCUUGGAGCGGCUCAUUCACUCAAACGAUGAAGAGGUUCUCACGGAUGCUUGCUGGGCACUAUCUUAUUUAUCCGAUGGGACGAAUGACAAGAUUCAGGCCGUGAUUGAGGCUGGCGUCUGUCGUCGACUUGUGGAGUUAUUGCUCAGCCAUCCAUCGCCCUCUGUACUCAUUCCCGCGCUGCGUACUGUUGGCAACAUUGUGACUGGUGACGAUCUUCAGACACAGUUCAUCAUCAAUAAUCAGGCCCUUCCCUGUCUUCUUGCUCUUCUGACCAACAAUCACAAGAAAAGUAUCAAGAAAGAAGCCUGUUGGACUAUUUCCAAUAUAACUGCAGGAAACAAGGAUCAAAUCCAGGCUGUUAUUGAUGCCAACAUCAUUCCACCUUUGGUAUCUCUUCUUGCCACCGCAGAAUUUGACAUCAAGAAGGAAGCUGCUUGGGCUAUUUCAAAUGCCACUUCUGGUGGCAGUCACGAUCAGAUAAAGUACCUUGUUACCCAAGGUUGCAUUAAGCCACUAUGUGACCUUCUAACAUGUCCAGAUCCGAGAAUCGUCACUGUGUCCCUCGAAGGGCUGGAAAACAUUUUGAAGGUUGGGGAGCAGGAGAAAGAUCUUGGCCAGAGUGGUGGUAUCAACCUUUAUGCCCGCUACAUCGAUGAAGCCGAGGGUUUGGAGAAGAUUGAGAACUUGCAGACACACGAUAACAACGAGAUUUAUGAAAAGGCUGUGAAGAUUCUGGAGACUUAUUGGCUAGAAGAGGAUGAGGAUUCGAAUGCGGCACCUGGCACGGAAGGCCAAACCUUCGCGUUUGGUUCAAGCAACGCUGCAGGCGCUCCUGCCGGUGGCUUCCACUUUGGCUAAAAGGAACAUUUUUGGCCCUGGAAAGCUGAUACUCUGAAACAAGUCGACGAGGGUGGACCGCUGAGGCAGGGUAUCUAUAUUGAUACUUCACUAGCUGAGACCUAAGAUGUUGGAUACUUGGUAGGAAAGUGUCUGACCUGAAGAGAUUCAGACUCCGUAAUGGUGGCUGAGCAGGAAGUUUGGUUGUGGGAUCAUCUAAUCUCUAACAGAUCUAAUCUGCGCUAAGUGAUUCAAGUCCGAACUUUGACUGUCCUGACUGUCAUCACUUACUUGGUCUCGGUUGCAUUGACUGCAACCCAUAGUCGUCGGUGCAGAUGCUGCACGGACAACAAUUCUCACCCUUAUGUGUUCCUCAUACCAGCGAGAAGUCUAGCUUGGAAUUAGACGAGAGCGUCUACUCUAACAGCUUUAUUUACAUGUCACAUGUCACAUGAUGUGUGUGGGCUUUUACAUUUGAAUAGAUUCACGAACUAUGAGUGCAGGGAUUUUUGCUGCCCAUAGUCCCAAGUUGACUUCUAACCUAUUGGUAGGAUCCCAGUAUGAGGAGUGGAGCUGACCGUCCUUAAAUUUUCUCCAUAGUCACUGAUCUUUGGCCGCGCAAUUGUAUGGCUCACUGACAAGUGCUUACGAUUCCUGGUCAAUCUCAGACUCGUAAGCAUAACUCUACGAUCUAAAUGUCAAGCGGUGAAUCCACUGCUUUGUCAUAUCUGAACUGACAUGUCAUUCCUAAGUUACGGUUAAUUUAAAACCCAACUUUAGCACUGAUACUGUUUGAUUCGCUGGAACUAAAUGGAAUAUGUCAUUUUCGGUCAAGUCUUAAUUUAGUCCAACUUACUAAACUGAGUCUAGAAUUAAUUUAUGGGCUAACUGGGUUACAAGGUACAACCGACUUUUUCUUAGAUGAUGGAUCGUGUUCAUUGGCUGUGUAAUUUAUGCAUUUUCAUAAAUUCAUGCUCUAGCUAAUUCAUUUAGCUGCAACUGAGCAAACCGGUUCUUGCUGAAUUUACGACCAGUUUCCACAGCUGAGUCAUCUUGAAUAUAUAGUUCUAAUUCCAAUU